CGCUCUCUCACUCUCUUUACUGAGUGCUGUGACGGAAGGUUUUUAUCUCCUCAGGAUCAUAGCAGAGUUCUGGACUGAAACUUCCUACAACCAGACAGAACCAGUUAGAACUAGCUAGAACCAUACAGAACCAGGUAGAACCAUACAGAACCAGACACAACUAUAGAUAACCAGUUUAAACCAGCUACAAAACGGACAUAACCAGUUAUAAACAGACAAAAAGAAAGAACCAGCUAGGAUGAAGACGAGAGGAAGUCUUAAUAUCUACUUCCUGUUGAUACUAGUGGACUGCGGCUACGCCAUUCAGAAAGCGCCUCGCAUCAUCACGCUACUGGAGACGGUGGACGUCCUAUUGGACCACAACGCCUCCUUUAUCUGUGAAGUGGAGUCCCGCCCCCCUGCGGACAUCACCUGGACCAGGAACAACCAGCCAAUCCUGUACUAUGACCACCGGUACUCCACCAGGGAGGGCGGUCAGAUGCUGCACAUCAGCCAGGCGAGGGAGGCCGACAACGGGGAGUUCUGCUGCAUCGCGUCCAACGGCAUUGGACAGCCUGCCCACAGCUGUGGAGCCCUGCAGCUCAAGAUGAGACCUCAGAUCAAACGUCCUCCCACCAACCUCACUCUCCUGCUGGAGUCCAAGGCCUUGUUGCCCUGUGUCACCCUGGGCAACCCAAAGCCUGACAUCACCUGGCUCAAAGACGAUGAGCUGGUCCAGGUGAGCAGCCGCGUGUCCAUCUUGGACUACGGCUCACUGAAGAUCCACAACCUGCAGAGGGAAGACGCUGGUCAAUACCGCUGCGUCGCCAGGAACAGCUUUGGCAUGGCCUUCUCCAAACCAGUCUCCAUACUGGUCCAGGCUCCAGCCAGGAUCCUGCGGGUGCCAGAGGAUCAGCGUGUUGCGUACGGAGCCCAGGUGUCUCUGGAGUGUCACGCCACGGGGAACCCUGUCCCCUCCAUCAGCUGGCUGGAGAACGGAGACACGGUGUCAGGAGCCUCAGUAGAGGAGACAAUGGUGGGGGAGGUGGUGAUGUCAAUUGUCAAGGUAACGGUGACCAGACCAGCGCUCUACACAUGUCUGGCGACCAACAGACAUAACUCUGGAGCGAACACCGCCAAGGUCACCGCCAAGGUCACUGUCGCAGAGUGGAGGCUGUACAAAGGGACCUCAGGGUACUGCAGUGUGUACCGGGGCAGCGCGUGUCGCAGCGUCCUGCCAGAUGAUUUGCUCGUCUUCUUUAACUCCUCCCAAUCGGACCCCGAGGGCGCGCAGGACUUCCUGGUUCAGAGCUGGUGGGCGGAGCUAGAGACCCUGAGCAUGCUCUGUAGGCCUGUUGCUCGCUCCCUCCUCUGCCACCUCUCCUUCCCAGACUGCAACCCUACUGGACUCGGCCCCGCCCCCAAACCACUCUGCAGGGAGCACUGCGAGGCGGUGAGGGGUCUGUACUGCCAGAAGGACCUCCUGGGGAGACCUCAGGGUCUCUACACCCCCCUGAACCCCCAGACCCCCCAGGCCCCUCAGACCCUCCACACCCACAACCAUCUGCUGAGCAGCUGCCAGGACCUGCCCAGCCUGGACACCGACCCUGACGCCUGCACACACCUCGCCUUCCCCGAUGUGAAUGAAGAUCAGGUGACCACCACGUGCUACAAGGACAGAGGCCGGUUCUACGCAGGUCAAAUCAACUCCACGGUCUCUGCCGUGCCCUGCCAGGCCUGGAGCCAGCAGGCCCCCCACCAGCACUUCCUCUCUGCAGUGGUCCCUGAGUUGAGGAGGUCAGAGAACCAGUGCAGGAACCCUGGAGGGGCCCGAGAGCGGCCCUGGUGCUACACCAGCCAGCCCUCACUACGCUGGGAGUACUGCCCCGUCCCCCGCUGCGGACACACAGAGACAGUGGUGAACACAGAGCUGGUUCCCCAGCAGACGGCGGUGGUUCCUUCAUCCUCGGUCUCUCCAGCGUACUCCAUGUCCAUCAUCAUCAUCCUCCUCAGUACCCUGGCCGUCACAGCCUUCUUCUCCAUCAUCAUCCUCGGCUGCAGACGUCACAGGAAGCAGUGGAGGAACAGGAAGCGGGAGUUGGAGACCCCGGCUCUGAGCGCACUGCCCUCUGACCUCCUGCUGGACCGUCUCCAUGCCAACCCCAUGUACCAGCGUCUCCCCCUGCUCCUCAACUCAAAGCUGCUGGCGCUGGAGUUCCCCCGCAACAACAUCCAGUACGUCAGGGACAUCGGCGAGGGCGCCUUCGGACGAGUCUUCCAGGCCAGGGCUCCAGGUCUGUUACCCAUGGAAACCUUCACCAUGGUAGCGGUGAAGAUGCUGAAGGAGGAGGCGUCGUCGGACAUGCAGAAGGACUUCCAGAGGGAGGCAGCUCUCAUGGCCCAGUUCCUUCACCCGAACAUUGUGCAGCUGCUAGGUGUGUGUGCGGUGGGGAAGCCCAUGUGUCUGAUGUUUGAGUACAUGGCUCAGGGGGACCUCAACGAGUUCCUGCGCCGCCGCUCCCCCAGCCGCUCCGUGCGGACGCUGAGCCGAGCCAGCCUAUCGGGACGCAGCUUCUCCUCGGAGCUGGAGGCGGGGAUCCUCUGCUGCUCCGAGCAGCUGUCCAUCUCCCAGCAGGUCGCCGCGGGGAUGGCCUACCUCUCCGAGAGGAAGUUCGUCCACCGCGACCUCGCCACGCGGAACUGCCUGGUGGGCGAGGACAUGACGGUGAAGAUCGCCGACUUCGGCCUGUCCAGGAACAUCUACUCGGCCGACUACUACAAGGCGGACGAGAACGACGCCAUCCCCAUCCGGUGGAUGCCCCCGGAGUCCAUCUUCUACAACCGCUACACCAGCGAGUCGGACGUGUGGGCGUACGGCGUGGUGCUGUGGGAGGUGUUCUCCCAGGGCAUGCAGCCCUACUACGGCAUGGCCCACGAGGAGGUCAUCUACUACGUACGGGACGGACACAUCCUGGGCUGCCCCGAGAACUGCCCCCUGGAGCUGUACAGCCUGAUGAGGCUGUGCUGGAGCACGCAGCCCUCCGACCGGCCCAGCUUCUGCAGCAUCCACCGCAUCCUGCAGCGCAUGCACGCCAACGUGCAGCCGGGCUCACCCUGCACACACCGAGACGCGGCCGACACACACUCAAACACUCUCAGCAUGCACCACACCGUGCACCCCAACACACCCGGUACCCACCGAGGCGUGUCCGACAUACACUCAAACACACCGAAUACACACUCAAACACGCUCAGCAUGCAGCCAGAUUUGCGAAACGCACACCCAAGGUGUGUGUCGCCCAACACACCCAAAGAAACGCCCAGCAUGGCCCAAAACAUACCUUACAUGUACCAGGACAUGCCCCCCAUACCCCAAAACAUACCUUACAUGUACCAGGACAUGCCCAACACACCCCAAAACAUACCUUACAUGUACCAGGACACGCCCACCAUGCCCCAGAACAUACCGAACAUGUACCAGGAACACACCAACACAAACAACUUAGCCAUCAUAGAGACAGAGCUGGAGCCCGAAUGCUAGAACUUUUUCUCCCCCCGCCCCUUUCUCGCUGAAGGAGGAAGUGAGGAGGAGGAGGGAAAUUUGUGUUCCGACCCUAGAAUUCGCGAUGACGCUAUAAUUGCAGAAGUACAUGAAAUACUCCAUCAGCAGAGACCAGUUCACAUUCAGCGACAACUUUCAGACCUGCCACCAGAUGGAACAUCUGGAACUAUCAGCACAUCUGGAACCAUCAGAGAACAUCUGGAACCAUCAGAGAACAUCUGGAACUAUCAGAAAACAUCUGGAAUUUUCAGAUGAACACGUGGAACCAUCAGAGAUCAUCUGGAACCAGAUUGGUCAGUGGCAUUCACCGGUGGUUAAUGGAUAACUUGGGACUUAUUUUCACAUCCCUUGUGGUCUAGGGGUCCUGACACACGGGGCGGCCGAUCAGCCGUCUGACAGUGUAGGGCCGUCAGUGAGUGUCUGUGGCCCUGGUGUCAUCACUGUGUCCCACACCGUUUGCACGGGUCUGCCCCUUCUCUGAUGUUUUUUGGCUGAUUCAGCAUGUUGAAUGAGGUCUGGAGAGAAAGGACUCAGCAUGGCUGUUCAGCUUUAGCAAAUCAAUGCACGAGAAGAGAAACAGAAUUUAGCAAAGCGACGACUUCAUCAACAGGGCACAGAGAAGAAGAUGGUCUAAUUUCCAUUUCAUCAAUCAUUCAUCAUCUUCACAUGUUCUCACUUAGAAGUACACUUAACCGAUGCUAAAACGUGGUCAUUGGGUCUCUAAAUCACUGGCCGUGUUUUUCCUGAGACAGUGUUAUAGCGGGAAUCUACUUAUUUCACAUUGUUUUGCCUAAAAAGGCAAUGUUUAUAUUCCUUGUUUUAAUUACAGUGUAUCCAGAACCAAACACAUUCACGCAGGGCAAUGUUGUUACAGGAAGUACUACAUUACUAAAUGAAAUAAGCUUGGACAUAAAAAUGAAAUGCUCAAAAGUA